GGACCGCACGCGGUGUGCGGGUCGGGACGCGGGGCACCGCAGGGGCGGCCGCUCGGUCGGGUCCGCGGAGGCGCUGCUCCCCGUCGCUCCGCACCCCGUGCGUCAUGGACCGCGCGCGCUCCGGCUCCAGGUUCCAGUCGGACCUGGACUUCUGUCCGGAUUGCGGCUCCAUCCUGCCGCUGCCCGGGGCGCAGGACACGGUCACCUGUGUUCGCUGCGGCUUCCGCGUCCCCGUGCAAGACUUCGAGGGGAAGGCCGUGAACACCUGCAUCGUGUUCCGCAAACCGGGGACAGCCGUGCCCGUGUCGGUGGAGGAAGGGCCCGAGUUCCAGGGACCCGUGGUUGACAGGCGCUGCUCUCGAUGCGGUCACGAGGGAAUGGCCUACCACACCAGACAGAUGCGCUCAGCCGACGAGGGGCAGACGGUCUUCUACACCUGUACCAGCUGCAGGUUCCAGGAGAAGGAAGACUCUUGAUUUUUUUUCUGGGCAACUCAACAAUUCUCCCUCUUCUCUUCUUUGGACGGUGAGGGAUACUGGGUUCUUAGAUCCUUUGUCCAUCCUAGUUGAAAUAUUUUGCUCCCAUAGAAGGAAAUUAUCAUGUGGGGAUUAACACUGUCCCUAGAGUACACCUACUCUAGUUGAGUUUCCUUAUCAAAGUUAUAUUUUUCUAUGUGAGCCAGACAUAUGUAUGUUAUUUAUAACCUGUGUUCCAAAACGAAUUUAAAUGAAUUUGGAGAUUUAUUUGUUCUUUCAAUAAGUAUAUCAGCUACAAAAAUAUAUAUAAAUUAUAUAUGAGAAGGAAAAAGGAAAAAAAAAAAAGGACAAAAAAAUGGAGCCGGGAAUGAGACUAAUAGAAAAAGUAAUUAAAAGUAUUCCAUCACUAAAUCUAUUUGGUUCCUGAGUUUAGGGAAACAACAUGUAGGAAUCUGGAUAGUGGAAGAUUGAACAAAUAAUUUAACCAGAUCUCUUUAACAUGGGAGCUUGCACAACAAAAAAUCUGAUACUAAGGGACACCAGUAUGUGCUUAGUACAGUUGGACUUUUUGAAAAUUGUUUUUUUUAUUGCUGUUGAGAUAAAUGUAAUAUAUACUCAUUGUAAUGGAUUCAUACGUAGAAAGGUGGAAAAAAGUAAAAAUUACAAGGAAUCCCACUUCAGAGAGAUACCUUUUUUUUUAAAAUGGGUUUUACUAUAUACAUGCUGAGUUUUAUCUUGCUUUUUAUCAGUUUGACCAAAAACGUAAAAGGUAAAACACUGUAGUCCGGGCACAAUAAACAUUCAGAUUUACUCUGGGA